AUGGCAUGUUAUGCCGAGGUUAUAGAUGACAAACGUGAUACAUGGGGGAAAACUGUUGGUUAUGAGGAAGAAACCGUGGACAGCGAGGACGAAGAAUAUGGGAACUGCGAUACACUGAUGUCUCGAUACCCCUUAGACCGUGUGCGCCCUCUGGCUGUGAUUCCGAAGAGCAGGUAUCGUGAUGGUUCUAUAUACAAGUGCACACACUCAUGGAAAAGAGAAUGUCUUAUUGCAGACCGCAGUGAGACUAUUUUCGAGCCAAUGAUGUUUACAGAGCCCUCAAAUUGCUUCAUCUUCAAUGGCACUUGCAUGCGGCAUGGACCUACUCACAUGUUACAAAUUGUAUCAAUAAAGCUGGCUAAAAUUCAUGUGGAUGGUGGGCCAAUAGCGUUGUAUGGAUACAUAGCACUGCGGGAUAAUCUGGAUCCAUUGCUUAAUUAUGUCGUCAAAUUUAGCAGGGAUGAUCCCAGAGCCAUUACUUUGGAGCAGGGUUCUCUCAUCAACUUGGCUGGCCCUAAGCGAGGGAUUAAUUAUCUGGGUGAUAUUUUUAUCGAAUACGAUAUGAGGAUCAAGACUGUUGGACCAGAAAAGCAUGAUCCACAACUGAUCGAUGGCGUAUCAAUACUAGGCAACAUGGGCGUACGGAAUCGUAGUGUGUUCACGAAUCGCAUCCAUGGCAAUUGUGGUGCAGUUGACAUAACCUUUUCAAGUCUUGAAAAUGCAAUUGAGGCGACUGUAGAAGUUGCCAUAUCAGAAGUGCAAAGCAGUUUCAAUCUGUCUCUUGGCUGUUUUACCAGUGGGUUGAAUGAAGAAAUUCGGCUCUUUGAUGGCGUCAUUGGUGAGAUGCGGAGCUUAAAAAGGUCUGUGGUUGCUGUGGUGAUAGAUUCUUGGAUACACUUGAAGUUCAAGGUUGGUACAGAGCGAUCCAGUUCCACUGAACGUGAUUGUUUCUUCAAUGCUGGCAACCACGGGUCUAGUGCUCGAAAGAUUAAGACUGAUUUUGCGUUAAUCUCAGUGAAGGUGAUCUGGUCGCCUUUGCCUGAUGGGUUCUAG